GAGCAACACCCGUGAACGAAAGACACACGGGAUUGAUGUGCAGAAGAAACGGCUGGAACAACGGCUCGUGCGCGUAAGGUGGCGAUCCAGACGUGGGAAAAAGAGGUGUCUGCAGAGAAGAGGGUGUCGAGGUGCGAAGUGAGGAAAAGUCGUGUGACCGCUAGAGCGCCGCGUACGGUAAAGCUGGAGUUUUAGAGGAAACCAUAUCGUCACAGACAAAACAACAACAAAAUGAUAAAUUUAAAAGUGAAAACACUCGACUCACAGAACCAUGACUUCACGGUCGAUGAGGAGAUCACCGUGCGUCAGUUUAAGGAACAGAUCGCGGAAAAGAUCAGCGUUUCGGUGGAGCUUCAGCGUCUCAUCUACUGUGGCCGCGUACUGUCCGACGAUAUUCCGCUGAAGGAUUACGAUCUGAACGGGAAGGUGGUCCAUCUGGUGCAGCGUGCCCCACCAUCGGCACGGGGCGCUAGUCUCAGCAGCACGGAAGCGGGUGGCCGCGAUGAAGCGUCGCGUGCGUCGAGACGGUCGCGUAGCAGCGACAAUGCGUCACGCAACAUCUUUCCCAGCCUGGACGAGCUGAACACGAUGUACUUCGGUUCGAUGACGUCGAUACCGCUCAACAUGACGGCAACCAACGUCACCCAAAUUCCGUCGGUUGGAUCGUCGUCGACGCUGUGCAACAAUCGCAUUACCGUCGCCCGGCACAUGCUGGACUGUGCGGACAGCAUACUGAGCUAUCUGGAGAAUCCGGCCCGCGGGCUUAACUACAGCGCGAUGGACUUCCUCUCGCAGCAAACGAUGGAGUCGACCGUGUUCGAGGUGGGCAUAUCGGCCGUCGGCGAUGUGGACAUACCGCACAACCAGGUGCAGAGCUUUGUGAACGCGUUCCAGGGCGCGGUGAGUGCGGCCCUGCGCCAGAACGGUAUGUCCAACCUGACGGUACAGCAGCCGGAUGGGUUGAACGGUUCGGUGCAGGUGUUCGGAACCGUGCCCGACUUUGCCGUCCUCACGCCACCGAACACAAGCGCCACGGCUACGCCGGCUCACGAAGGGUCGGGUGCUUCGUCCACUACCAACAGUGGCAGUAGCGGCAAUAGCACGAGCAGCAGCAGCAGCAGCAGCAGCAGCAGCAAUGGUGGAAGUUCCAGCAGUCCAAGCGCAUCGUCCAGCUCGUCGGAAACGAGCGCCGAAAGCCGGCGCCAGGUGCGGUCCGGCCCGUUAAACACGCAAACCACCAGCACGCAAACGCUCGGCGAGGUGGUGCAGCAGAUGCGCUCGGUCCAGCGCCGCAUGGAACCGUUCCUGCAGCAGUACUACGACAUCCUGCAGGACGAUCCGUCGUUCGAGGAGUCGGACACGGUCGGGCGGGAAAAUGCGCAGCGUGUGUUUGACCGCGUGUCGGAAGCGAUGCACUACAUUUCGCACGCCCAGCACGCCAUCAGCGACCUCAUGCUGGAUCUGCAGAUGGCAACACCGCGCCAUCUGUGCUGUCGGCCGAUUCUGGUCGAGCAGAACGCGUACGUCAGUUCCGGCUUAACAGCGAUGCCACACAUCAACUUGGCCAACUUGCUACGCAAUCACAUCAAUGUAAACAACAACAACAACAACAACAACCCGGAAGUGGGCAACAACAACAUCCACGCGCAGCUCAUCAAUCUAGGCAUCACGGCCCAGCCGGCCUUCUUCACUGGUCCUGCUGGUCCUGCUGGUGCUGCCGGUCCUGCUGGUGCUACCGGUGCUGGAACGGGCUCAAUGCGUCCACCCACAGCACCAUCUGCAACACCGACAGGAGCGACAACCCAACCAUCGACAACAGCAGCAGCAUCGGCAGCAUCGGCAGCGACCACUACGACGGCACAGUCCCGACCGCCGAACCUAGGUCAGUCUCAGAACAGACCACCUAGCGUCGUACCUGGUGCUGGUGGUGGUGGUGUUGGUGUUGGUGGUGUUGGACGAGGUAACAAUAACAUAGUCACCUCCGUGUACAUACCCCUGUACGACCUGAACAGCGUCCGGCGGGUGCAAAAUGUCCUCGGCGAGCUGCAACCACCGGUGGCGGCAGGUUGGCGUGACAGUCCGGUUAUCAUAAUGCAGGACGUGCGGCAUCGAAGGGCCCCACGGACAGCCUCGGCCGAUGGCCGUUUGCAGCCGCCAUCCGCGACUGGCGCAACCCGCAAUCGUCCGACGGCUACCACCACUACUAACUCGGGCACGAACAACAACAACAACAACAACGGUAGCGGUGGUGGCAACAAUGCACCGGGCGCUGGUGCACCUAACACCGCCACCCAGAACGCGCAAAUCCAGAUGGCCCGACUGAUACAGGCAGUCGUGAACGCCGCACCCAUUCACACCGACAUCCACGUGCAGAUCAACACGGGCAGUGGAAAUGAGGGAGGCAACGCGGGGAAUGGGCCCACGGCCGGUACAGCAAACCGUGCCAGCACAACGGCUCAGACGGAAACGAGUACGGGAAGCGGUGCGACGCCCGCCACAACCACCGCCAGCAACGGCCGCGGUGAGAAUGUGCUGCACGGCUAUCCACGCUUUGCCACCGUCACGCUGCCGACCACGUCCACCCAGACGCGCUCUACCUCCCGUCCGCACGUGCACAGCAUUCCGCCCUCGCAGCUGGGCGGAGGAGCCGGCGGACAGAUACGCAAUCUGCGCCCGAUGGCGGCCAGCAUUUUGAACACGUUCGAUCGAUUUUUGCCCUGCAACAGUCAUCAUAUCCGGGACAAUAGUGGAACGAACGGUGAGCGAUCGAACGAUGGUACGCCGAAUCGUACCGGGUCCGGCGAUACGGCCAACACACCGAACGCAGCUGGACCGCCGGGUGCCGAGGGGUCGGAUACGGUUCCGAUGCAGGAUGAUGGACGUGCAGCAGCAGCAGCUUCCUCGGUACGGAUCAGCAUGUUUGGCACCCAGUUCACGCUGGCCGACCUACAGAACGGUGUACCGAACCCCAACACACUGAACCGCAUCCGCGACUCGCUGCGUACGUACAUCAACCGGACGCUGUUUGCCGAUCGUACCACCGUUGACGAUCAGGUCGUACGUGAGGCCUGUGAAACCGUCAUCGAACGCAUGACACCGCUGCUCGCACCGCUGGCGGAACACGACCGGCCGGAGUACGAUACGCGCGCCUCGUUGUUUAACCUGUUUCGCAACACGUUCCGCACGUUCAUCAAUCUCGUACGGGAGGACAGCUCGUCCCAGUUCGGCAUACGGCUGAUGCGCGCACUGAUCCUGUUCCUGCGCCGCGCGUUCAUGAUAAUGCACCGGGGCGUCGGCCGGUUCUACGCGCAAACGUUCGUGUUGGGUCUGUUGGAGGGUGCGCUGCGCCAGCAGAACAUCCCGGAGGUGGAGCGAAUCGUGCGGCUGAUCGAACCGAUACUGGAGUACAAUUUUAACACCGCCGCCCGGCACGACAUGUACGACGUGCAGCAGUUUCUAGUCAUCCGGCAGCCGGCCGCCCCGGGCACGGCGACGGCGGACAGCAGCAUCGCCACGGAAAGCCGUUCGUCCAGCAUGUCUUCCAGUACCGGCACGUCCGGUCAGCGGGAAGCUAGCCCCAUGGACGUGGAUGAGCUGGAGAGUAUGUCCACGCCGGAACUCGUGUCGGAUAUUGCCGAAAUAUCGAUCUCCAUCGAGCCACCGGCAAUGAGCGUCGAUCCGUGUUCCUCAUCACAGCCGGACGCACCACCCGUCACGGCGGGCAGUGAAGCAAGCAAACCGGACGCUCCGGAAGUGGGUUUCGGUGGCCUUACGGGUACCGUGUUAGAUUUGGCCAAUCGACCCGUUCCGCCACGGCCGGCCGGUGACGAUGAAGAGCUGCCGACGGUUGAGUUUGACGCCGAAUCCUGGCACCGACACUUCCCGUCCAACUGGUUACCGAUCAUUACGCGCGAUCUUGGCAGGCAGCGGCGACAGAGCCCACAGGCACCGUUCUCCGAUGCGUACAUUUCGGGCAUGUCGUCCAAGCGCCGGAAGCUGCUGUCGGAAACGAAACCACCGAGCGACGUCCAUUCGCUGAUAGCGGACGGGGUACGGCGCGCGUUCACCGGCACGGGAGCCAUCCCUUCCGUCACGGCAGCACCGGUUGCCGGCACCAAUGCCGCCGGCAAUACGCGAAGGCCAACCGGCGGCCAACCGGGAUCGUCCUCUUCGGUCGCCGCACCAGGGACAAGCACGGGGGCGGGCUCGAGCAGCAGCGGUACCGCCGGCACACACAACCUGUUCCGCACACUGGACGAGGUGGCCAACACCAUUGCGAACGAUGGCGCGCUGCAGAUGUCGUACUGCGAUGCGAUGAAGGCGAGCAUACGCGACCGGUUGGCAAAGGACACGGAUUACGAUGCCAUGCGGUUCCCGAACUGUUCCAAGUACUUUGAAAAGUAGUCGCAACACACACACACAGCUGGAACGUCGCAGGCAAUUAGAUUGAGAGAUGGACAGACAAAUUUAAUUCCUUUCCCUUUGUCUUUUACUUGAGUUUGGAGGCAAUUUUAAGCCGCUGAAGGUUCACCAGCACCAUCUGUUCCGUUUUGAGUGCAGCCCCGGAGUCGUACCCGGAUUACUACUUACACCCCACGGCUAACACAAAACGGAACAGCGAUAGUGUGAGUGAGAGAGAUGGGAUGUCUACGUAUGUGUGUUGGAAGAGAGGACGCAGCUUUAAGCGAGCAGUGGACGAGCAACGUAUAUGUCGUAGGUCCCCGCGGUCGGUCCGGCAAAGGUCGGUGUAAGGUAAUCAAUCAAUCGAGACAAAUUGUGAUUUAUGAUGGCGCGCGCGCCCUACCACCCCUCAGUGACCACUCGCCCAAUCUCCGCAGAUGUUGGCGGAGCGCUGUCAUUGAAUCCUUUCGUGUAAUGUAAGUGUUCGUUCGUUCGGGUUUCGUUUCAUUUUGGAUUUCCAGCAACAUACCGCCCAGACCGCCACUCGACUUUAGUUCACCGUUUAGGCUUUUGUGUUUCAGUCUGUGAGUUUACAGUGUUUCGUUACGGUUGGUUUGCGGCAAAAGAAGGGAAACGAAGGAUUGCGCUUCCUCAGGAAUGUAGGCACGGGGAAGCCCAGCAUGUCCUUCUUCAAGGGAAAGAAGCAGGGCUGAGAAAGAAACAUACACCUUAUAUACCUACUCAAGCUAAUAGGAAGUUAUAAUAAAUAAAGCUAGAUUAAAUGAUAAACUCACA